UGAAUUCACACAACUUUUAUCACAUUCUCGUACACUUAUUAGUGUCCUUUUGAAUACACACGAAAUGUCAGCUGUGAUUAUCUUAGAGGAAGAUUUUGGGAAAACAAAGGACGGUUUAUCUGUAAAAAGGUUUACACUGAAGAAUCAAAACAAUGUUACAAUACGGAUAAUCAGUUAUGGAGCCAUAGUAACCGACAUUCUAGUCCCAGACAGGAAAGGCAACGUACAGGACAUAAACUUAGGGUUUGAUGAUAUUAAAGGUUACGAAAGUCCACGUCAGAGAUAUUUUGGUGCUUUGUGUGGUAGAGUCGUAAAUAGAAUUGCUGAUGGAAAGUUUACACUAGAUGGAACUGAAUAUAAACUUGCGAUUAAUAAUGGUCCUAACCAUCUUCAUGGAGGAUUGAAAGGUUUUGAUAAGGUUGUAUGGAAAGCUGAUGUUAAAGAUUCAAAAGUAGUGAUGUCGUACACAAGUCCCGAUGGUGAAGAAAAUUACCCUGGGGAACUGACUACGUCUGUAACAUACAAACUGACCAAUGACAACGAAUUUAUUAUAGAUUAUACAGCCACUACUAGUAAAGCCACGCCAGUUAAUUUAACCAAUCAUUCCUAUUUUAACCUUGCUGGACAAGGUUCUCAUAAUAUAGAUGAUCACGUUAUCAAGGUCAAUGCUGACUAUUAUACUCCUUUGAACGAAAACGUCAUUCCAACAGGCGAAAUUGCUCCUGUUGAAGGAACACCAUACGAUAUUCGGACAGCAGUACGGCUAGGGGAUCGGAUAAAAAAUGUCAACAAUGGAAAGGGGUUUGACAUAAAUUUUUGUGUAGGAAAAACUGGCGAAAUGAAAAAAUGUGGAAGAGUAGAACAUCCACCUUCAGGACGAGUUAUAGAAGUAUCAAGCACAGAACCUGGUUUACAGGUAUACACAUCAUACUAUUUAGACAAUGUCCAGGGUAAAGCAGGUGCUACAUACGGACAGUUUAGUGCCUUCUGUUUAGAAACACAACAUUAUGCAGAUAGUGUCAAUCACGAUAAUUUUCCAAGUACAAUCCUAAGACCUGGUGAAACGUAUAGACAUACUACACAUUAUAAAUUCAGCACAAUGUGAGAAAAAAGGUUAAAUCGGUAUCACAAUGGAUUUACUGUUUAAAGAGCAAUACAAAAUUGUUGUUUUUGUAACAAAUAAAGAAUUUUAAUGUCAA